AAAGUACAGAAACUUAACGAUAAAUGGAGAAAUCUGAAAUACGACUGCAACGCAUGUCAAAUGUAUAUCAAUCGCAAUCGAGCUAUAUGUAUUUGCGUAACAAAAUGCUGUUAAAAAUUGAAAAUACCCUACUACGUAGCCAUCGUCAGCGUGAGACAACCGGGAUCAAGAAACUAUAUAAUUCGUUUUUUGUGCUCUUCUAAUUGCAUCGAAGCUCUGAAGAACGCCCGAAGAACGCACAACGAAUUUUUUAUCAAUUCAAAGCAUAAAUAGUUACAAAACAAAUUUGUUAAAAACAAAAAACAAAAAAAAACACUAUAGAUAUUAUUUGGUUGUUAGUUGUAUACAAAAUCCAAGUGCUGUGCUAAGAGAAAAAAAAAAAACUAGUGUCAUUUCUUCUUUGUUGUCAUAAACAUUUCAAACAAAAAUGUUGACCUAAAUAAAAUACUUUAAAAAAAAAACCAUUUAAAAAACCUCAACAAUUCCCUUCUACUUCGAAUAAUUAUUGUUUGUUGCUUACAACAAAAACAACCCAAAAAAAAAAAAAA